AAGUGGUAGGGCAUUCCCCCCCCCUUCUCACUGUUUUUUGGGAAUUGGUGACUGCUCCCAUGAGGAAUUCACUGUGAGGGGAUUUAACCCCCUUAAAGCCACAACUCACUGUCCAAUUUAACCACUUCUUUUUCAACUUAAAUACUCCCUUUAAAUACAGCGUUAUGCAGGGCAGGAAAGGCUGGGGAAAAUUAGUAAUAUUGUGGAGAAGCUUUGGAUUCACAACAUUUGGGAAACUAAAAAUGAGAAAGCCAGUGGGAGCUGGGAGGGGGCUGGGGACACACCCAGAUUUCAGGGAGCAGGGGACUUAGAAGCACAGGAUCGAGCAGGACCCAGCGUUAGUGUGGAUUAAAUCCAAUAAAAGUUAUAUUAAAAGGCAAAGAUCCCCUCAGGUUGCCCCAGGAACAGCGAAAUCUGGGUAAAAGCAGAAUAAAUCCUGUUACUUCUUGCCUUUUUGGGAAGCAUCAUCUGUCCCCACACCAGGGGAUCCAUCGGGAGCUGUCACCACCUCUGGGACACGGGGCUGUGGGGAGCAGGGGGGCUGUGGGGAUGGAAGCUACAGGAAAUAGGGAUUUUGACCUUCAGGCUCUGUCACCCCUCAGCCCGUGUCACCUCUCAUCCCCUGUCACCACAUCCUGGGGCCCCGCCAGCCCGGGGGGCGGGGGCGACACGUUCUGCCCCGUCCCCAUCCUGUCCCCGGCGGUGCCACGAGCGGGGCCGCGCAGUCCCCAGGGCGCGGUCCCCCCGGCGCGGUCCCCCCGGGACGGGUGGCGAUGCUGCCGGGGCGGCGGUGGCGCCGGGCCGGGCCGGCCGUGCCCCUGCGGGCGCUGUUCGGGUACCGGUACCGGGCGGAGAACGGGCGGGAGGUGGCGAUGGCCGCGGGGGAGCGGCUGCUGCUGCUCCGCAGGGCCACCCCGGACUGGUGGCAGGUGCGGCGGCCCGGGGACCCCCCCUGGGCGCGACCCUUCUUCGUCCCCGCCGCCUACGUGGCCGAGGAGGAGCCGGGUGACAGCGGGACCCGGAGCCCGCGGACCCUCGGGCAGCCCGCGGGGACGGGGAGCUGUGGGGCUGAGAGGGCACUGGGAGAACGGGCUGGGGGUCCUGGGCUGGGAGUCUGGGUGCCCAAGGCUGGGGGUACACUGGGGCUGGGGGACAGCGGGGACGCGGGGAUGGGGAUAUUGGGGGCACCAGGGGCAGGGGGACACGGGAAACCAGGGCUGGGGCCCGGGGGUGGUGGGAGUGUCUGUGCCCCGUCGUCGGCAGCACGGAGGAUCAUUUUGUGUGGGUGGGUGCCCUCCUCUCUGCCCCCAGGCCUGGGGAGGCGGCAGUGCUGCUCGCCGGAGGACCUGUGUGCCCCCUCCGCGUCCCCCCCCCGCGCCGUGGGCACCGGCACCGGCCAGCUGGCAGGGGGGGUCACCCCCACCCCCACCCCCGCGCAGUGCCAGUCCCAGCAGGACACUGGGGUGAGUGGGGGCUGGGUUACCCCCCUGGACACCCUGUGCCCCCCAGACCUGCUCCUCUCAGAGCCCCCCUCCGCAGUUUUACCGGGGUUCCCUGUCCCUGUCCCCCCAGCCCUGCACCCCUGUGCCCCUCCCCCCGUGUCCCCCCCUGCACUCUCCAACCUCUCCCUCGCCACUUCCCACUGCGGGGCACCGGAGGAAGUUGGGGGGCGGGGGGAGGGCACCGUGCCGGGAGGGGGGGCAUUGGGGGGGCACCUGGGGGCUGGGGAGAUACGACAGGGCAGGGGGACAUUGGCGGGCUGGGGGGAAGAUAACGGGGACACGGGGGGGGCACAGCAGGGCUGGGGGUGCGCUGUGGGCAUUGCCCGUGUGCCCCCCCCCAGUUCGGGUCCUGCCCCUCAACCCUUUUCCUCCCCCAAGGUGUCUCCCCCGGGACCCACCACGAUCUCCCGCAACCCGGAGGGGCUGCAGCGGGAGGGGCGGGGGGCCGCGCCCCCCGUGCCGGCUGGGCCCCCCCUGCAGGUUUUGGGGUCCUGGGAGCGGCACCGGGACCCCGAGAGCGGCCGCUGCUUUUUUUACAGCCCCGAGAGUGGCACCAGCUCCUGGAAACCCCCCCGGCUGCAUCGGGACCGGCAGGUGAUCCAUGGCGGGAGCCUCGCCCACCACAGCCCUGAGGACUGGGGGGCCGACCUGGUCCGGGGGGGGCGCGGGGUCAGCCCAGCCCCUGUCCCGUGGGAGGUGCCCAAGGCUCGGCAGCUGCACAGGACUGAGGUUGCCAAGAAGGGCAGGAGGCUCAGGGGGCUCAGCUGA